AGAGCUCUGACUCUAUAGACUGGCAGAGAGACAGAUAUAUUAUGAAGACGUGGGCAAAGAGAUCUUGACCAUUUGAGCAUGAGAAUGGCCGACACAAGCCUGUGUAAUUCUAUCAUAUUAACCAUGGCUUCAACUUGGUUAAUGCUUGCAUUGGUUCCUCUAGCUGCUUAUAUUCUGCAAGCAAUAUGGUUUACAAUUAGAAAGAAGAAGAAUGGGAGGAGACUACCUCCAGGCCCUCGAGGCCUCCCAAUUUUGGGACACCUGCAUAUGUUAGGGAAGUUCCCUCACCGAGAUCUCCAUCGGCUAGCCAAAAAAUAUGGUCCCAUCAUGUACACGCGCUUCGGCUUCGUCUCCAACAUCGUUGUCUCAUCCCCAGAAGCAGCCAAGCAAUUUCUCAAGACCCAUGACCAUGUUUUUGCUGGUAGGCCAAUUAUUCAGGCUCUUAAGUAUGUGACUUAUGGGCAAAGGGACUUGAUUUUUGCUGAACACGGCCCUUAUUGGCGCAGUAUGCGCAAAUUGUGCACCUUAGAGUUGUUUAGCAGCGCUAAGAUAAAUUCGUUCAUGUCUAUGAGGAGGGAAGAGGUCGGAAUUCUGAUAAAAUCAAUCAAAGAGGCGGCGGCGGCUCAGGAUGGUGGUGGUGUUGAUCUUAGUGCCAAGGUUUCAUCCAUGAAUGCGGAAAUGAUUUGCCGGAUGAUGUUUGGGAAGAAGUACACGGAUGAGGACUUCGAUGAGAGGGGGUUCAAAGCUAUGAUGGAAGAGGGCAUGGAGUUGGCAGUCACUCCCAACAUUGCCGAUUACUUCCCCUAUGUUGGAGCACUCGAUCUUCAGGGACUCGAUAAGCGCUUUAAGGCUCUUAGCGAGGUGUUUGAUCAAUUUUUUGAGAAGAUCAUUGAUGAUCAUCUUCGAGCUAGGGACCAAGGCCAAACCAAGGACUUUGUUGAUAUCAUUUUGGCACACAUGGGAUCUGAAGAAGCUGAGUAUCCUAUGGAUCGUUCCCGCGUCAAAGCCCUUAUGGUGGACUUGCUUGUAGCCGGAAUGGAUACUUCAGCAACAACAAUCGAAUGGGCACUCUCCGAACUUCUAAAGCAUCCGCGAGUAACGAAAAAGGUACAAAAAGAGUUGGAGGAAGUUGUGGGCAUGGACAGGUUAGUGGAGGAAUCAGACCUGGAGAGCUUGAAGUACUUUGACAUGGUGAUGAAGGAAGCCUUCAGGCUCCAUCCAGUUGCGCCAUUACUGCUUCCGCAUGAGUCCACAGAAGAUUGCACGGUCGAUGGUUUUCACAUACCCAAGAAGUCUCGGAUCACCAUAAACGCAUGGGCAAUCGGGCGAGAUCCAAAUACAUGGACUGAUCCUGAGAAGUUCUUUCCAGAGAGGUUUGCUGGAAGUAGUAUAGAUGUCAAGGGACUAGGCUACCAACUUCUCCCAUUUGGCUCUGGCCGGAGAAGUUGCCCCGGGAUGCAAUUGGGUCUCACAAUAGUCCGGCUAGUGGUGGCACAGUUGGUGCAUUGCUUUGAUUGGAAACUUCCAAAUAACAUGUUGCCAACUCAACUGCAGCUGCAAAAUAAUUAUAUCUGUCGUGUAGACAUGUUUAUGUAGUCAAUUCUGUUCACCAACUCUUGUAUGCACUAUAUUAAAAAAAUUUAUUGUAUACUAAUAGCUUGAUUUGCUUGUGUUCAAUUGACUUGGGAAAGAGUAAUGAGAAGUUUAACAAUAAUAUAUAAA